UAAAAGUCAAAACAAACCGAUUAAGAUAUCGACAGGUCAAAGUAUAUUGAAGAUCGUUUGAAUAAAUAUGAUUGGAGGUAAAAAGUAGAUCAUGCUAUUUUAAUUGUCGGAUGAUCUAUGACGUAUCUAAAAAUCAUCAAAAAUAAAAAAAUAUAUCAAACUGGUCAUUUCAUCUAUUUUAAAAAAGAUGAUUUUAAGAUGAUUUUUUGAGAGGAUAUAAGACGAGGCAUCGUAUUCCAAGAAAAUAGAACACUGGUAAAUUGACAACCCUAACCAAGACUAUUCGUGUUUAAAAUUUUGACAAGUCAUAAGAUAUUUAUUUAACAAGAUUAAAAAAAAAAAAUAACAUUAUUUAAUUAUUUAAAAAUGCAGAAAUUAACAAUUGUUUUAUUGUCAAUUGUGGUGCUUGCAUCAGCUGGACCAUGUGAAAAUGGUAAAGACAAUUGCAUGUCAAAAGAUAAUCCAUUUAAUCAAGACACUGAUUGGGAAAAAGCAACAGAUAUUUAUCAAUUUCAUGCAAAAGAUAUAAUGGGAAAUGAUGUGUCACUUGAUAAAUAUCGUGAUAAUGUAUUAAUUGUUGUUAAUGUUGCUAGUAAAUGUACCUUGACUGAUGGAAAUUAUAAACAAUUAGUUGAAUUAUUUGAUAAAUAUGAAAAAGAUGGUUUAAGAAUAUUAGCAUUUCCAUGUAAUCAAUUUAAUGGACAAGAACCUGGUACGUCACAACAAAUUAUGGACUUUGUUAAAGGUUAUAAGGUUAGAUUUGAUAUGUUUGAAAAAAUUGAUGUUAAUGGUGAUAAUGCACAUCCACUUUAUAAAUGGCUUAAGAGCAAACAAGGUGGUGUUCUUUUUGAUUUUAUCAAAUGGAAUUUUACUAAAUUUAUUAUCAACAAAAAAGGACAAGCUAUUGAACGUCUUGGACCAACUACUGAACCUACAACUAUGGAAAAUAAAAUUAAAUCUCAAUUAUAAGGAAAAAUGAACCACUAAAAUGACAAAUACAUUUUUUUUUUAUUACUUUUUCUCUGUCAAUGGAAAAAAAAAUAAUAUAAAUAAUUAUUUUUCGAAAUUUUGUAUCAUUAUUUUACUUAACAAUAAGUGACUAGAAUUUUAUAACCAAUUUGUAAUUACAAAUAAAUAUGUUCAAUUUAAAAAGGAAUUUAUGAUUGGCUUUAUUUUUUUCUCAUAUUUUUUUGUGUGUUUAACAAACGGAUUUCUUAACUGAGUGUUAAUUACCAUUUAAAUGUUGAAUUCUGACUAAUUAGUACAAUCAACAUUGUGCAUGUGUGUGUGUCACACAUACUUUUUUAAUUGACAGAUUUAAUUAACAUUAUUAUUUGAAUAAUCAAUACUCAAUUUAAUUUUUUUUUUAUUUUGUCAUUGACAUGGAAAUAUUGAUCAUUUAUUGAUGAAAAAAAAAAGCAGAAAUUUUGAGGUAUUCAGACUGCUAAUUGUCAUUGAAAGAUAAAAAAACCAGGAGCAUUGUAUUUUAAAU